UAACGUGUUCAGUGUGGAUUACAUUGUUGAAAGAUGCCGACACAACUUAAUUUGGUUGGGAUGGUUACAUUAACAGCAGUACUGCUUCCUCUUGUGUUUUCACAACAACAGUACUGCGAGUUCUCGUACAAGCAUACAAUGUGCAGUACACAGACUCCUGGUCCUGCUUGCAAUGGAAAUAUUCUUCGCCGGGGGGUCAGCUCAGAGGAAAAACAAAUAAUCUUGAAUACUCAUAACAGGUUACGUGCGAUUAUUGCGCGUGGUGAGGAGAAAAGAGGUGCACCGGGUCCACAACCGCCAGCUAGCAAUAUGAAGAUUCUGGAAUGGGACGAGGAAUUAGCUACAAUUGCACAGAGACACGCGGACCAGUGUGUUUUUGCUCAUGACUGUUCAGACUGCAGAAAAGUAAACAGGUUUGGGGUUGGGCAGAAUCUGUAUAUAUCCAAGCAGAGCCUACGCUUACCAGAUAAUAAUUGGAAACAGGGAAUAACUAAUUGGUAUGAUGAAGUUUCCCUGUUCAGUCGGACCAAGGUUGAACCUUUUCAAUUUGCUGCCAGCUAUGGACAUUAUUCUCAACUUGUUUGGGCAGAUACACACAAGAUCGGUUGCGGUUUAUCCUCCUAUCGUGAGGGUAAAUGGUUUGCUAGCCUUUAUACCUGUAACUAUGGACCUAACGGAAACUUUAUCAAAGGACAGAUGUACAAACAAGGGUCUGGUUGUUCUGAGUGUAGUGGCAAUGAAACGUGUUCCAUUGACUUUCCUGGACUUUGCGAACCUAGAUCAUCAGCCUUCACCCCACCCAGGCCUACCUUUGUGCCCACACCCAAACCUUCAGUUCAAACUGAAAAACCCUUUAUUAUUACCAACCCUGAGCCCACUCCUAAACCUACUCCUAGACCUACUCCACCACCUACUCCUAGACCUACUCCUAAACCUUUCCAAACUCCAAGAUUUAUUCCAACCUCAAGUCCAGUGUUAAACCCAGUGUUUACUCCCAAGUUUGCUCCUGUGCCCAAUACUGGACUAAAGAACUUUGCUCCAACUUCAAACAGAUUUAUUCCCCAAUCAGUGAGAACAACGGAACAGCCUAGUUUUAAACCAGCUGCAAGGUAA